GCGUGUUACACGUUUGGAAGCACAUAUUAAGCACGGGCAGCAAUAAUAGCGCAGAGGAAUUGCCAAUCAAUCGACCCACCGGAGGCAGCAGCUAGCAUAUACACUCCUACAGUUCCAAGCAGAAGUCGCAAAACACUAGACUAGAUCCAAUCCAAGCAAAUCAAAUUGGAAAUUCCAUGGCGGAGAAGAAGGGGCUCAAGAGCCGGCGAGUGAUCCUCACGGAGUACGUGGAGGGCUACCCGAGGGAGGAGCACAUGGAGCUGCUCCCCGCCGCCGCCGUCCUCGACCGACCCGCCGCAGAGUCGUCGCCGUCGGUGCUCGUCAAGAACCUGUACCUUUCCUGCGACCCAUACAUGCGCCCGAAGAUGUCGCGCCCGAUCCCCGGGCAGUCCUCCUACACCAGCGCCUUCGUCCCGGGCUCCGUCCUCACCGGCUACGGCGUCGCCCAGGUCCUCCGCUCCUCCCUUCCCGGCCUCGCCCCCGGCGACCUCGUCUGGGGCAUCACCGGCUGGGAGGACUACAGCGUCGUCCAGCCGCCCUUCACCGGCCUCCUCACCAAGAUCGACCCCGAAUUAGCACAAGAUGACAAGCUUCCGCUGUCCUACUACACCGGCAUCCUGGGCAUGCCAGGCCUCACCGCCUACGUGGGGUUCCACCAGAUCUGCUCCCCGAAGAAAGGGGAAACCGUCUUCGUCUCCGCGGCCUCCGGCGCCGUGGGCCAGCUCGUAGGCCAGUUCGCCAGGCUCAUGGGCUGCUACGUCGUCGGCAGCGCGGGAUCCAAGGAGAAAGUGGAGCUCCUGAAGACCAAAUUCGGGUUCCACGAAGCCUUCAACUACAAGGAGGAGGACGCCGAUCUAAGCGGCGCUCUGAGGCGGUUCUUCCCGGAGGGGGUCGACAUAUAUUUCGAGAACGUCGGGGGCAAGAUGCUGGAGGCGGCGCUGGUGAACAUGAAGACGCACGGCCGGAUCGCCGUCUGCGGGCUCAUCUCGCAGUACAACCUCGCCGGCGGGGAGAAGGAGGGCGUAAGCAACUUCGCCUGCGUCGUCUCCAAGCGGCUCCGGAUUCAGGGAUUUAUUGAGCCGGAUCACAAGCAUCUGUACCCGGAGUAUGCUGCCUGGGUUGUCCCGCAUAUACGGGAAGGCAGGGUUGUGUACCUGGAGGACGUUGCUGAUGGCCUCGAGAUGGCGCCGGAAGCGCUCAUCGGCCUCUUCCAUGGCCGCAACGUCGGCAAACAGGUUGUCAGGCUCACUGAUGAAUGAAUGUCAGAUUGUACAUCGACAAAUAAAAUACUCCUCUGAUUUCA